AUGGCGCCACCACGCUCGCUGCCGGAGCUAAUCGAAGACACCGCCGCCGAGGUCCUCCUCCGUGUCCCCGCGGACGAGCCCGCGCACCUCGUCCGCGCCUCCCUAGUCUGCAAGCUCUGGCGCCGCAUCCUCCUCAACCCGGCCUUCCUCCGCCGCUACCGCGAGUUCCACCGGAUACCACCGCUGCUCGGCUUCCUCCGCAACUCAAUCACCGCGGGCCUCUUCCAGUCAUUCCGCUUCGUUCCCACAACAUCAGCAUCCCCCAUGUCCCAGCCGCCGCCGUUCGAUGGCGCUAGAUGGCGAGCGCUCAGUUGCCGCCAUGGGCGGGUCCUCCUUGACACGGGCUUAUACGGCGUCGACCUUGUUGUCUGGGAUCCCAUCACAGGCGAUCUGCAGAGGCUGCCUAAGUCCAGCAUCCCCAUCUCCUUUUUCAUCUCCGCCGCGGUUCUCUGCCCCGCGGGUAGCUGCAGCUGCAACCACCUCGAUUGCCAUGGCGGCCCCUUCCUCGUGGUCUCCGUGAGCUCCCUUGAUGGCUGUGCUAAGCUUGGUGAAAAAAUUCUGAAAUUUGAUUUGGGCAAUAAUUCCUUAUCUAUGAUGAAUCCGCCGGACUUGUACAACUGUGAUGUUCUCCUCAUGCCAACAGAGGAGGGUUCGCUUGGGCUUGCUGCCAUUAGGGGUUCAAGGCUUUACCUGUGGUCAAGAGAGGUUGAUCCAAAGGGAGAUGCCGGCUGGGUACCACGAAGGGUCAUCAAGAUUCAGAAACUGUUCCCCAAUAACAACCCCCGUUACAGACGUAGUGUGAUUGGUUUUGCUGAUGGUGUUGGUGCCAUAUUCGUGAAGACAGAUGUUGGUAUCUUCAUGAUGGAGCUCAAGUCAGGUCGGAAGAGGAAGGCGAGGAAGAUUGCACCUGGAGAGUUUGCAGUUGAGCAUAAACUUCAGGUUCUGCACGAAAAGGAGACGGGAAAAAAAUGUAUAACUGAUGAGAUGCACGAAAAGUUCUAG